AUGCCUAACGUAUCCUUUGACAUCUUCUUCGACAAGGACUUUAUCAACGUCACCGCCACUCGAGGAUACAAAGCCCCCAAGGCCAAACCCGAGUGGAAAGUCCGCACCCUCCCCAAACUUGCACCUAAACCGCAGCCGGAAGACCCUAGCACCCCUCGACCACUACCGAGAGACAAGUUGGUACACAGUCGUCAACCACCAGCCCACCAAAAGCAAUUGGAGCCAGCCCCGGCCUCCGAGAAGGGUGAAAACAAGGUCGAGGAGAUCUCGUCUGCCAGUUCUCAAUCGGGUGACAAACCCAAGAGGAAGCCUCCCAAGCUCGGCCCCAAGAAGUCGACCACUACACCGUCGGCUUAA